AUGAAUUAUUUAUUCGGAGGAAAAGACUUAAAAUAACAAUAAGGGAGAAGUGAUUAACCUCAUACAAUUAAUUUUAAUUUUGUUGUAAAUCUAUAAUAAGGAAAUUUAAAUUUACAAUUAUCUAUUGAUCCAGAAAUUCCAUUUAAUAUAUCUAUUGAACCAGAAUGUCCAUUUAAUAGAUUCGUAAAUGGAAUUAAAGAGGUAAUAUUUGCUCAAAGAAUGCAAGCUCAAUAUGAAGAAACUAUAGAAUGGCAAUUAGGAAAUGGAUCCACCCUAUAAUAAAAUGAUUAAAGAACAUUAGAGUAAUUAGGAUUUACAAAUAAUUGCACACUAUAUGUUAGACUUAAGCUGAAAGGACCGCCUAGAAUAGGAAUUUGUUGGUCCUAUCAGUAAGAAUAAAGAAUAACUAAUUAAAAUUUUAAUCCUGAAAUGUCAUUUGCAUUGUUUGUGAAUUUCAUAUUAUUAAAGGAAAGAUUUGACAUUUAAAUACCUAAAGAAUUCAUAAACAAUAUUGAAUGUGAACUCAAAUAAGGAGUAAUUAUCAAAUAAAAUGAGACUAAAAGUUUAAAAGAUUUAGGAUUCAAACAUAAUUGUACCCUUAAUAUAAAAUUAAUAAAUAGAAAAGAUUAAAAACAAAGUAAUUUUUAUCAUAAAUGUAGUAUUAUAAUAAAAAAUAAUUUUGAAUGUAUUAGUAGAUUUAUAAUUUUAAAAAAUAGAAUUAAAUGUAUCAUAAUAUAAAAGUACUCCAAUAUCUUGUGUUUUUCAUGAUAUUUUAAUGGAAUUAUUUUCAAAGUUAUAAUUUAAAGUAACUCAGCCAUUUGCAUUUUUUAUAAAUGAUCAAGAAAUUGAUCCUUAUGACUGUGGAUUAUUAGAAGAUUUUGAAUAAAUAUAAAGUAUCAAUUUAAAAAUGAUUCCUUCAAAUAAAUAAUCUAAUCAAUUACUAAAUGAAAAAUAUGAAUUUGCACUAAAAAAUAAAAGUAAAUGGUAUAAAUUUAAAUUGGAAAAUAUUAUAAAGAUUGAGUGUAUUGAAAAUUAUGUAACAUUUCGAGCUUUUAUUAAUACCUCUUUAGAAGAUAUAACUAAAUAGAUCAUAAGUAGUCAUUUCUAAUUGAUUCAUUACGGUGUCUAUUUGCCUCAAUAAAAGUAUUAUAUCAAUGGUGUAUAAUUAUAAGAUAUUAACUCUAUUUAUUCUAAAGCUGAUAUUAUAGUCUAAGUAGAGAAAUAAUAUCGUCAUUAAGCUUCUUAAUUAACUUUAAUAUUUUUAAGUAAUUUCAUUUUCAAAGCUUUAUUUCUUUUAUUAAAGAAUUCAUUAAAAAUUAUAGAAAGGAUAAGAUUUUUAUUAUAAAAAAAUGAAUUUUAAACUUUUUUUUUAUUUGUAAGUAUUAAAAUUUUAAGUAAUCAAUUUAUUUUCAUAGCCUCUUCUUCUAAGAUUAUUUAAUAAUCUGUUUUACAAGAAUCUAAUUAUUAUAAUCUAUUCAAUAGUUGA